AUGUCUCUCAAAAUUGGCUACAUCCCAGAACACUUUGCCAGUCCCUUGGUCUUUGGCGAACAAAAGGGUCUGUUCGAUAAACAAAACGUGAAAGUGGAAUUGAUCCCCUACCCCAGCGGUUCUGGCCAUUUGAUCCAGUCGCUUAACAAUGGGGAACUAGACGUCGCUAUAGGUCUCACAGAAUCGUUCGUUCGUGGCAUCGCCGAUACACCUAAGGACACCAAGCCCAAAUACCAGAUUGCAGGCACAUUCGUUAAAUCCGCAUUGGAAUGGUGCGUUUCGACCGGUGCCAAGCGUGAUGACUUGACAGACUUGAAAUCUCUAGAGGGCAAAAAAAUCGGUGUCUCAAGACUAGGAAGUGGUUCCCACGUCAUGAGCUAUGUGAUGGCACAGCAAAUGGACUUUGAAAAACCAUUUGCGGGCUUCCCCGUGCUGAACAAUUUCGAAAACUUGCGUAAAGGUGUGAACUCGGGCGAAGCAGACGCUUUCAUGUGGGAAUACUACACAUCCAAGAAGUUUUUGGAUUCCGGUGAAAUCAAAAUGCUGGGCCACGUCUCGUCGCCUUGGCCUUCUUGGGUCGUUGUGAAGCGUGUGGAAACCGAUCUUGACACCUUCAAAAGUUUCAUCAAGGCUCUGAACGAGGGUAUCGACUACUUCAAUCAUCACAAGGAGGAGGCAAUCGAAUUGGUGCAGAAAGAAUUUGGAUACUCCAAAGAAGACGCCGAAGGGUGGUUCCAAACCGUCAAGUACCACGGCGACACAGGCGAUAUCAAUGACUUGCAUGGCGUAGUUACAGGCACUUUACACAUUUUGGCCAGUGCUAACGUUUUAGAAAAUAAGGACGAAUUGUCCAUCGAGAAUAACAUGAGGGAGGGGACUUUGACCAGUUCCUGA